AGAUGAGUGUACACCAAAAGAGAAGCAAUGCAAGUAAACUGAAACAUUAAUAGAGAGGCAGCUGGAGUAAGGAUAGAAAGAAGUCAGCCCAGCAUUUAAAAGCACACUAGUAGAGGACACUUCAGAAUGCGUGAAUGCAUCUCUAUUCAUGUUGGCCAGGCUGGAGUUCAGAUAGGAAAUGCGUGCUGGGAACUCUUCUGCCUGGAGCAUGGCAUUCAGCCAGAUGGCACCUUCAAGGAUGUGCAGGAUAAAAUCAACAAUGAUGACUCUUUUACUACGUUUUUCAAUGAAACAGGCACUGGGAAGCAUGUGCCAAGGGCUGUAAUGGUGGACUUGGAACCAAGUGUAGUAGAUGAAGUGCGGGCUGGGACCUUCCGGGAACUUUUUCAUCCAGAACAACUGAUCACUGGAAAGGAAGAUGCAGCUAAUAACUAUGCUCGUGGCCACUACACCAUUGGGAAAGAAAGCAUUGAUAUGGUACUUGAUCGUGUUCGUAAGCUGACUGAUGCCUGUUCUGGGCUGCAAGGGUUCCUGAUCUUCCACAGCUUUGGUGGGGGUACCGGCUCUGGCUUUACCUCCUUACUAAUGGAACGACUCUCUGUGGAUUAUGGAAAGAAGUCCAAACUGGAGUUUGCAAUCUACCCAGCCCCACAGGUCUCCACUGCUGUGGUGGAGCCCUACAAUUCCAUCCUGACCACGCACACCACCCUGGAGCACUCGGAUUGUGCAUUCAUGGUGGAUAAUGAAGCUAUUUAUGACAUCUGCCGCCGAAACCUGGACAUCGAACGUCCCACCUACACCAACCUCAACCGCCUCAUCAGCCAGAUUGUCUCCUCCAUCACGGCUUCACUACGCUUUGAUGGUGCCCUCAACGUGGAUCUGACCGAGUUCCAGACAAACCUGGUGCCCUACCCGCGUAUCCACUUCCCUUUAGUCACCUAUGCCCCCAUCAUCUCCUCUGACAGAGCACAUCAUGAGCAGCUCUCAGUGGCUGAAAUCACCAGCGCCUGCUUUGAGCCCAACAACCAGAUGGUGAAGUGUGACCCAAGACAUGGCAAGUACAUGGCCUGCUGCAUGCUGUACCGUGGUGAUGUGGUUCCCAAGGAUGUCAAUGUUGCAAUUGCUGCCAUCAAGACCAAGAGAACCAUCCAGUUUGUUGACUGGUGUCCAACAGGCUUCAAGGUUGGGAUCAACUAUCAGCCUCCUACUGUAGUUCCUGGUGGAGACCUAGCCCAAGUUCAGCGAGCAGUCUGCAUGCUGAGCAACACCACGGCCAUUGCUGAGGCUUGGGCCAGGCUCGACCACAAGUUUGAUCUGAUGUAUGCCAAGAGAGCUUUUGUGCACUGGUAUGUGGGUGAAGGCAUGGAGGAGGGAGAAUUUGCAGAGGCUCGAGAGGAUCUGGCUGCCCUGGAGAAGGACUAUGAGGAAGUGGGAACUGACUCAUUUGAGGAAGAAAAUGAUGGGGAGUAAUUUUAAAAUACACCUUGUUCCUAGUGA